AUGCAGUUUCGCCCGAGUUGGUGCAUCGCCGCCGUGGCGCUUGUUGCGCAGACCGUCCAGGCCGUGCCCAGCAUCGUCACCCUUCCCUAUGCCAAGUAUGACGGACUAGUUCUCUCCAACGGCAUUACCCAGUGGUUGGGCAUGCGCUACGCCGUGCCUCCAAUAGGAAAUCGACGUUUCAGGCCGCCCGAGGAACCACUGAGCGAGACUGGAAUCCAAGAAGCAAAGGUCCACAGAGAUAGGUGCCUCGUGACGGGCAGACCUGCAUGCGACCCGGGUCACAGUGAGGAUUGCUUGUUUAUCAAUGUCCAGGCUCCCACCCAGGCCACAAAACACAGCCGACUGCCCGUGUUUGUCUACCUUCGCGGAGAUGGGUACAAUAAUACGCUGACAGACGCCAACAUUAAUGCGACGGGUUUAAUGGUUCAAAACGACAACGACUUCAUCGUCGUGACUUUCAACCAUCGCCUUGGGCCAUACGGCUUUCUCACCGGUGACGAUGGCAUGACCUCUAACAACGGAAUAAGGGACCAAAUCAAGGCGCUUGAUUGGGUGACCCGAUUCAUUCGCCGCUUUGGUGGCGAUCCUGAGCACAUUGUCCUCGGAGGGUCUGGUAUUGGUGCCCAAAAUGUUCUCAUUCAUCUCACAAUGCAAAAAACCUACAACGGCCAUUUCAAAGGCAUCAUUGCCGAGUCGCCCCCGUUUCCUCCACUGCCAAGCCUCGAACAAGCAGACAAGCAAUACCUCGAGUUUGCAAAGCAGAUGGGAUGCAGGAGCAACGAGUAUCCAGAGUGUAAAUUCUCAGAUCAGAUCGGUUGCGACGAGAAAGCGACCCUAGAUUGUCUGCUCGCACUCUCCGCAGAUGACAUCCAGAAUGCGGGCCACAACAUCACUCUGUCCACCCUCGAAGCACCGCCGUGGGACAGGUGGCUCCCCGUUAUCGACCACGAUCUGAUCAUUGACACCACCACCAACAACUUCAGGAACGGCCAUUUUGCCCUGGUCCCAUUCAUCAUUGGCAACGCGGUCGACACGGGUACCGCCUUUGCGCACCGCGAUAGCCAUAGCACCGACGACGUCAUCGACUACAUGAGUGACCUCUAUCCUGAGCUGUCACCCGAAGAUCUCGAUGAAAUCAACACAAUGUACCCCAACACCAAUGCCAGCUGCGACACUCCCGCUUGCGCCUACGGCCAGAUCAGCAACGUCUUCCAGGACUCGCGCUACGUCUGCCCCGCCCUGAUUGCGACACAGAACAUGAAGAAGAAGGAGAUUGACGGGUCCUACCUCUACCUCUGGGACGUCGACGACACAUUCGACGGCCCGAUGGAUCCCAAUACCCGGCAGAACAUUGAGGCCGCCAUGCUCUGGGGCCCCGUCGUCGUCGACGUUCCCGACAGCUUCAAACAGGGCCGCGGCAACGACGCGGUCCCGUACGUCAAGCAGCGCUACUGGACCAACUUUAUCCGCUCCCUGAACCCGAACCGCCAGCACAAGUUUCAAGACUUCAAGUACAGCAUGACGGCCGCCGGCAAGAAAAUUCGUCUCACCCUGUGGCCGCAGUGGUGGGCCGGUUGGCGCAAGCGAGUGGUGUUUGGCAACGGAGGCAAGAACAGGAAAAGGGACACUGGCUACAUGAAAUGGACGUGCACCUUUUGGAAUCGGCUUUCAGUAAGAAUGGGCAUUUGA